UACGUAUAUUCGAGGAUCUGCCUUGGUUGUGGUUACUGCUGCACACCUCACUCGCUGAACAAGGUUGUCGAGUUGCAAGUGAAAUCAAACAGAAAACAUGGCAGGGCUUAAAGAAGAGAUCAGUUCCACACAUAAUAAAAUCAUUGAACUUCUUGGUCAGGGAAAGAAUAAGGAAGCGCUUGAAUACUACACAGACGAUUGUGUAAUCAUGCCUCCUGGAAAAGAGACAGUCCGGGGAAAAGACGCUUUUCUGAAGUUCAUAGAAGCUUCAGCAGAGUUGCAAAGCAAGGUUGGCAAGAGCGAGUGUGUUGAAGAAGUAGUGUUUGGUGAGGGAGAUUUAGUCACAUCACGAAGUAAAGGCACAGUUUAUGGCAAGGAUGACUCCGUGAUUUUCACGGAAAAAGCGUUGACAGUGUGGAAAAAGGUCAACGGCAAGUACUUGGUACAUAAUGUCGUUUGGAACAUGGAUAAACCAUUCACUUUUUGAAAAAUAUGAACCACAAAUCUGU